AUUAAAGUCAUAAUUACAUGCUAUUAGCCGCACAUUAAUGAAAUCUACAGAUCUUUAUCAUUUCCAAUGAAGAUCUCAAUUUCCAAAGAAACUAAUUGACAUGAUAUAAAGGAAUUUAAAUAUUUUCAUGAUGGAGUAAUUAAGCUGUUAAACCCACAAUAUCUUGUGAUUUAAUGUUUGGUGUAGAGUCAGAAUCAAACAGCUCUAACUAUAUACAGACUAAAGCAAUGCCUGUGCAGGUUUUUGGGGAAUCUUUGAAAGGGACGUUCUACAGAAAUCCUCAAGUAUUUUAAGAAUUUCACAAUGGAAAAUUAUGGUUACUGAAAAAGCUAACAAGGAUUUCCUUUUAAUUUCUCAGACUACAAUUGUACAAUCAACAUACCUGUCUUUGUAAAUUUCAUCCUGUCCAAACCUUCAUACAGCUGAGAUUGAAAGUUCAAUUAUUACCUUGGAAACAGUAGUUGAAGAAAAAAGAUCACCUCACCAUGGUCCAUUUAGCCGCCCUUCUGGAGCUGGAGACUGGAUUCUCCUCAGCAGACAGUUUGCACAGUUGUCGUAGAAAUGUAGAUGUAGAUGUUUUCUGAGCACUUGAGCAACUUGUCCACGUUGACUGAAAAGAUAACCCUUUCAGCCGAGUGUGUUUGAUUCGAUAAGACGUCCAAAAUAUCUCCUAAAUGCACCUUGGAAUUGAAUUCACUUUGCCACAGCUAGCUGAAGUAUGUGCCCACUGUUUCUAAGGACUACAAUGAAGUAUCUAUCUAAAAUGUACAAAGUGUUCAGAGAAACUAUUCCAUGAUAACAUGAAAACUCCCGUUUGCGGAGGAAGACAUGUCUGACACAAUCCAAAGAACAGAAGAAACGUAAGAGCACUUUAAAGUUUUUUUCACAGUUAAAACUCUUUUUUAUGUGUUUUUUUCCUGACUCUAGUCGAGGGUUUCAGGGACGUUGCACCUUUUUAAGCCCAAUGAGGAAAAUUCAGAUUUGUGAAUAUUGGCCAUACAAAUAAAAUUGGAAUGAUUGAUUAAAGUGCAAAUAUCUACAGCAUCUUGAAUCAUUUUAAUAUAUCAAUUCAUUUUUUUAGCUGAAAUCCAGUUCCUUUGAUUUCCAGUGGAAGUUUUUUAUAGUUCCUUUUAAAAUGAUCCCCCAAAACCCACAAGGACAUUAAUGUAGAGUUUAUACAACCGAUUGGCUUAAGCAGCUGUGGUCUGUUUUCAAAGAGUUCAUUCUGAACCAUCAGUAUUUAUGGCCUCAAGGCUCGACUAAGUCAAAAAUACACCAAUCUGACACACAUUCUUCUUCUUGUUUUGGUCUGUCCGUGCAAACCCUCUGGUCGCUGCAGGCCUACCUGGAAUCUGUAUCAUUUCCUCCUCACGAUGGGCAGCUUGAAUAUGACUUGAGCACAAAUAUUCAGUUUUAAGUGGGCUACGUGCAUAUCAAUGUCAGUGAACGUGAACAUGAUGAGUAGGUGUGAGAGUGGAAAACGGGGCAGAGAGAUGCCAAAGGGCUACAAAUACUCCGAGGUCCCCAGAGUGGAUGAGAGCAGACCCUGAGCAAUGAGCAGAUGCAUGUUGUCAUAGCAAUGACUGCUGUGUGUUUAUACUGUGUGUGGGACCCGAACCCAAUGUUUAAUAAGUGCUGUGGAUGCUGUAUCCUCAUCAUGUAAGGAAUGUUAAUCACAAAAUGACUAUUUCUUUUGGUGACUUUUGUGUGAAGUGAGAAAUCCACGAGGAGCUGCGUGAUGUUAACCUGAGAGUAUGUCUCACUCAGGCUUGGUGGUUGUGGCAGCAGGUGGUUCAUCUGUAUUUUUUUUUUUUUCUCGCUCUCUCUCUCUCUCUCCCUCUCUUGAAGGGUCUUUAACCUCUACUCCUCCCACGCAGAUCUCCCAGGCGCUUCCCUCUGCCGGAGGCUUCAUGGACAAGCUACAAACGGCUUGAUAGUAAAAAAAAAAAAACGGGAGAUAACUGUGAAGAUGGUGAGUGGAGAUACAGUGUGUGGGCAACAGCAGUUCAUUAUCAGCUGCGUGGUGGAGAGGAAGACAUCCACAUGACGGAGUGAGGAGCACAGGCAAAGCGUCUAAAGAAAGAAGAGGAGAGGAGAGGAUCUGUUUCUUCAUGACAGCUUGACACGUUCAAAGGAAGAAGAAACAGGUUUCCCACGAGACCUGCCUCUUGGACCAGGUGCUGGAGCUGAUUAUGAACGAGAAGCCCCCCGCAAGUACAAGUCUUUUCCUAAACGAGGACGUGGACAAACCCCCCUUGCCGGAGAGAGGAGACCUGAGGAGGCGUUUGCGCAGGGCAAUGGAGAGGAGAGCCAGCACCAUGAAGGAGAGGAUGGGCUCCAUCAGCAGGGGCAGUGUCAAAGCUUUCCUCAAGAGGAACCUGUUUGUCCUGUUCACCGUCGCGGCCGUGGCUCUGGGUGUAAUGCUGGGCUUUGCUCUGCGCCCCCACAAGCUGUCCCUGAGGGAGAUCAAGUACUUUGCCUUUCCUGGGGAGCUCCUCAUGAGAAUGCUGCAGAUGCUGGUGCUGCCUCUCAUCGUCUCCAGUCUGGUCACAGGUAUUUCCUCCUUGGACAGCAAGGCGUCAGGUAAAAUGGGUAUCCGUGCAGUGGUCUACUACACGGUGACCACCCUGAUUGCUGUGUUCAUUGGCAUCGUCAUUGUGAUGAUCAUCCGGCCGGGCAAAGGCAGCAGAGACAGUCCUUUGGCCAAAAGUGGAAACAUUGAACCUGUUCAGGCUGCUGACGCUUUUCUGGAUCUCAUCAGAAACAUGUUUCCCCCCAAUCUGGUAGAAGCUUGUUUCAAGCAGUAUAAAACAGUUUACAAGAAGACCGUUCAUACACGGAACGUGACGGUGACCCUGAACCUCACCGACUCCCUCAACGUGACAGAGUCUAACCUGAGCAUGGACCUCAGCAGGGUGCUGCACACCAUACAGGAGACAGUGGAGGAGACAAUCCCUAUGUCCGGCUCCUCCGGGGGAGUGAACGCUCUGGGUCUGGUGGUCUUCUCCAUGUGCUUCGGUCUGGUCAUUGGCAACAUGAAGCAGCAGGGCCAGGCUCUCAGGGAUUUCUUUGACUGCCUGAAUGAAGCCAUCAUGAGACUGGUGUCCAUCAUCAUCUGGUACGCUCCAGUGGGCAUCCUGUUCCUGAUUGCAGGGAAAAUUGUGGAGAUGAAGGAUCUGGCCGAGGUGGGCGGUCAGCUGGGGAUGUACACCGUGUCGGUCAUUGUGGGUCUCCUCAUCCACGGCCUCUUUGUGCUGCCGAUGCUUUACUUCAUGGUGACCAGGAAGAAUCCCUACAGCUUCAUCGGUGGUCUGCUGCAGGCCCUCAUCACGGCCCUGGGAACGUCAUCCAGCUCUGCUACCCUGCCCAUCACCUUCCGCUGUCUGGAGGAGAACAACCAUGUGGAUAAAAGGGUGACGCGCUUCAUCCUCCCUGUGGGCGCCACCAUCAACAUGGACGGCACCGCCCUCUAUGAGGCUGUGGCAGCCAUCUUUAUCGCUCAAGUUAAUGACAUGGACCUAAACUUUGGCCAGAUUCUCACCAUCAGUAUCACGGCGACUGCUGCCAGCAUCGGAGCAGCAGGCAUCCCUCAGGCUGGCCUGGUUACCAUGGUGAUCGUAUUGACAUCGGUGGGACUGCCCACAGAGGACAUAACACUGAUCAUCGCCGUGGAUUGGUUCUUGGAUCGCCUGCGUACCACCACCAACGUGCUGGGCGACUCGCUCGGGGCCGGCAUCGUGGAGCACCUCUCCCGCGGAGAGCUACAAAAUCAGGAUGACGAGGUGCGCAACUCUGUCAUCGAGGAGAAUGAGAAGCCCUACCAGCUUAUCUGCCAGGAAAACGACACCAUCAAGCACCACAACAGUGAGACCACAAUGUGAACAAAAUAAAACCACACUCAAAGGGGCUUCACGUACCAAAAGCAUUUUAGGUAUAAGUUGGCUUUCAGUGGUGCAGGAGAAUAAAAUCUGUUUGGGUCGACUCACCCAGUGCUCGAGGUUCCCAGAGUGUCCCAAACUCGUAACUUACCCUCCAAUACAAAACGCUGUCUGGGAAACAAGAUGAUACACAGCCUGACCCGGUGGCUGCUUGGUGAUAGGAAAUAAGCACGCACGCUGUUUAGGAAUGGUUUUAUAACCACCGCUGUCGAUCUGAUUCAGUGCCAGUGAUGUGACAUUAAAUCAGAUUGAAAAACUCACUAUGUCAUUUAGAAAAGUUCAGUAUGUCAAAUAAAGCUGAAAGUCAUUUUAAAAUCAUGUUCCGGUUCAUCAAGUUUUCAGAUAUUUGUAUGAUUUAUGAUACAUACGAUCAGUCAAACAUAUUCCUACCAGCAUCAGUGUGAGAAUACACAGUAUUAACAAAGACAAACUCCAUUUAUCCAGUUUCCAGUUCACUCAGCUAGCUCUUUUGAAUGGCUUUACAUUUCUUUGCAAAUAUUUUUUUUGUAAUACAUCGUACAUCAUGACUACCUCUAACAGGACUUUUAGAUACACUGAAAUAUUCAAUGGAGCAUAUCAACAGGAUAUAAAUACAUUAGUUGCUCAGCUGGUAAAGAUCCCAUAUUUAACUUUGACACUGGACCACAGUGGGAAGGAGAAUCUUUACCACUUAUUACUUUAAGAUUUGAUAUAUUGCAAGUGACUUGUUAGAAUGUUUAAAUCUUGCUGCUUUCUUAUAAAUGUACAGCAUAUAUAUUUGCAAGUAUUUCCUGUAUUUCUUUGGUGAUAUUGCUUUAAACUAUGGGCAUAUGACUGUACUCCUACACUAAUUGUAGUAAUACCUGUAGUAAUACUUGUUCUGAAACAAUUUCUUCUCUCUAUUGUUUUUACAUAUAUUCUGUAUUGAGAGAGAAGGAAAUAUCAAUCAAGUUGAUCAAUUUUUCUUUUUCCGCAAUUAAAAGUUAUUGUUUUGGAAAUAUUGAUGUUCUUUCAUACUUUGGAUUUUUUUUCAUCAUUUAAAAAAAAGCAUAGUGUUUUAAUGGUUGCUUUCAAUUAUUGCUCAGUUUUCUACAUUAUACCAAAAACCAAACAUGCAAUUUAAUUUUGGUAUAUUUAGACUGGAAUAAUGUAAUGAAGAUUAAUCACAGAUUUAUUUGUAUUGUUUUGUGAAAACGUACUGUGAAUAAAGUUUGUCAACGCUUUGAGGAAUUGAAUGUACAGUUGCUUUAUGCUUUUUGGUGUUUUAGAGGAAAGUGUAGUGCAAAGUGAAAAGGUUUAUACAUUACAGUUCAGUUGGAAGUUCGUAUGACUUUGUGCCACUUUUGUGCUCAUUGAGAAGUUUCUCUUUAGUUUUGAUGCUGUGACAGCUUAUGAAAAAUGUGACAAAUAAAUGGCUCAGGAAUUGAA